CAAAGCAAGACAAAAAAAAAAAAAAAAAAAUGGAAAUGGCGACAAGUUUUCUGUAUCCACCGCCUCCGUCGAUAUUGCUCAAUACAAUGAGCGUAGUCGGUUUAGCCGCUCUGGCGAAGAUCGGUUGGUCGGAAGUGAGAGGAAAUCAUCUGAAAUACUCCAAAUUCAACAACGCAUCAUCUUCAUCAUCAUCUUCUUCAUCAUCACCACAAACACAAAAGCAGCGACUCGGCAGCAUCUCAAGCCGAACCGGAAUGCUUUGUUUAUACACACCGGCGUUUCUAGCCGCUUCCGCUUCUUUCUUCGUCUUACCAUCUGACGAUCUCAGGUUUCUCCUCCUCAAAUCCGCACUUGCCCUCCAUUUCUUCAAGAGGAUCUUCGAGGUUCUGUUCAUUCAUAAGUACAGUGGAGAGAUGGCUGUAGAAUCGGCUAUCACCAUAACCAGCAGCUACUUCUCUUCCACGGCGUUGAUGUUAUACAGCCAAAACUUGACGCUGGGACUAAAGGAGCCAGCUUUCGAUCUGAAACUCGCAGGGAUUGCGAUGUUCGUGGUGGGGAUUGUUGGGAAUCUGUAUCACCAUUGUUUGCUGGCUAAGCUGAGGAAAGAAGAAGGUGGGAAGAAAGAGUACAAGAUACCAGAAGGAGGUCUGUUUGGUACCAUCAUAUGCCCUCACUAUCUGUUCGAGAUCCUUGUGUUUUGGGGCUUCUUUAUGAUUUCUCAGACCAUUUACUCGCUUUCUUUCGCCAUGGGAACAACUUGUUAUCUCGUCGGUCGGAGUUAUGCUACAAGAAGAUGGUAUCUUUCCAAGUUUGAUCACUUCCCUAAGCAUAUCAAGGCCCUUGUUCCCUUUCUCUUCUAGAUUAUUUUCUAUACUACUACUAGCUUUGUUUUUCUUUCUUCUUUUUUUUUUUUGGUUGAUAAACAUCUUCUGCCAAACUUUGUUUGUUUGUUUGUUUGUUUGUUUGUUGUUGUUCCUCUUAGCGUCUAAAUAAAACAGAGAAUUUGACUGGUUUUGUUA